UGACACCCCCAGGUCCCCGUUGUCACCCGCGGGGACACUCGGUGGCUCACAGUUUGUCACCGCGGGGACACUCGCUCCGGUAGCUCCCGGUUUGGCCGUGCUGGCCUAGGAGGGGUCUGGGGGUGUCGCGGCCUUUGCCGCCCCGGUCCCCACGGUGUCCCCAAGUCAGGCGGUCCCGCGGCCACCCCCUCGUGUCGCUUUACGGCCGCUCUCGGGGGAGGCGGGGCCGGGCCGCGCUCCCCGAACCCCCCCCCGGGCCGCCCCGGCCCCGCCGGGCCCCGCAGGAACGGGAAGGGAGGGGCGGAGAGCCGGGAGGCGGCGGGACGGUGAAGGAGCUGUCGGGGAGCCCCCUGGAGGCCGGGACACCCAGAAUUGGGUGGAAAAAGGGGGAAAAGGGUGAAGAGGCAGCAUGGGGGACAGCGGGGUGCCCUCGGCGCGUCCCCAGCAGGACAGGGACGCGGCGCUGCCGGAGUGUGGGGACGGUGGAGCCGAGAGCCCCCGGAACUGCUCGGCUGCUGCCGCGGAUUCCCAGAGCCCCAGCGAGGGCCCGGCCCUGGACGGUUUCCCCCUGAAGCAUUCCAACACCUUGACCAACAGACAGCGAGGCAACGAGGUGUCAGCACUGCCGGCCACACUGGACACGCUGUCCAUCCACCAGCUCGCUGCCCAAGGGGAGCUCAUCCGGCUGAAGGAGCACCUGAGGAAAGGUGAGAAUUUGGUGAACAAACCCGACGAGAGAGGCUUCACCCCCCUGAUCUGGGCUGCGGCUUUCGGGGAGAUCGAGACCGUGCGGCACCUCCUGGAGUGGGGCGCCGAUCCCCACGCCCUGGCCAAGGAGCGCGAGAGCGCGCUGGCCCUGGCCAGCAUGGGCGGCUACACCGACAUCGUCACCAUGCUGCUGGACAGGGACGUGGACAUCAACACCUACGACUGGAACGGGGGCACCCCCCUGCUCUACGCCGUGCGCGGGAACCACGUCAAGUGUGUGGAGGCCCUGCUGGCGUGCGGCGCUGACCUGACCGAGGAGGCCGACUCGGGGUACACCCCCAUGGACCUGGCCGUGGCCCUGGGACACAAGAAAGUCCAACAGGUCAUCGAGAACCACAUCCUGAAGCUGUUCCGGAACAAGAAGAAGAAGAAGUGAGGAGGCAUCUCCAGCUCUCCCCAGCAUCGCCAUGGCCUCACCCCACGCUCCAGGCAUGGAGAAAUCCAGAAUUUCUGCCCUCAUGGACCUCUCGUGGCUGCCAUGCCCAAAAUCCAGGGACACUCACUCCAGCCCUGGCUGGACUCGGCUGCUCUGUAUUGGAAAUAAACUUUAAUUGCAGUUAAACUCUGUGGAGCCCUA